UAUUCAGACAAAGGUUACCUAGAUAAGGGGUACUUAUUGGGUAGUCAUAGUACUGUGUCUAUCAACGGUGUAUCAGAAAGACACUCUUUCCCUGGACUUCCACCUUUCUCUCUGUUGUCUGUUGCAGCGGAGACAGCCACCAUGCCUACUGAAACACAGAGUGACGCCCGCUCCUUCCUGAGCGAGGAUAUGAUUGCCGAGUUCCAAGCUGCCUUCAACCUGUUCGACAGUGACGGCGGCGGUGACAUCAGCACCAGAGAGUUGGGUCAGGUGAUGAGGAUGUUGGGCCAGAACCCGACCAGAGAGGAGUUGGCCCUGAUCAUCGAGGAGGUCGAUGAGGAUGGUAGCGGCAGCAUCGACUUCGAGGAGUUCUUGGUCAUGAUGGUGAGGCUCCUAAAGGAGGACCAGGCCGGAAAGUCCGAGGAAGAGUUAUCAGAAGUCUUCCGUAUUUUCGACAAAAAUGGCGACGGUUUUAUUGACCGUGAGGAGUUAAAUGACAUCUUGGCCGCCACUGGAGAGCCAGUCACAGAGGAGGAAUGUAUCGAGCUAAUGACAGACGCAGACCUAAACAAAGACAACAGGCUUGAUUUUGAUGAAUUUCUGAAAAUGAUGGAGAAUGUACAGUAACAAGACCAACAUUCCUUUGUGACCCUUUCCAUUUGUCACGUCUCCUGCUUGAAGAAAAGAACAACUGUUUCUGAAUGGAAAAUCAAAUACUAAAUUGAAGCCACAUUUUCUUUUUGAGUCGUCCCAACUACUUACAGUAAAGAGUCUACCCAAAAACA